AGAUGAGCAGACGUAUUGCUUUAUUCAAGGGAGAGCCCGUCUAAAGAUUCACUGUAAUGAAACUCCAGAUUAUGUGUUUCAAUCCAUAAUAGAUGAACUGGGUUUAACAGCACAGGUUAACCCCAGCCAGGCACGAAGACACUGGGAUGCCCUUGUAACUAGGUAUAAGGAAUUAAGCCAACCUGCCCUAGAACCUGAGGAUGCAGCUCCUCCAUCAUGGCCCUUUUAUGCUGCCAUGCAUGAUGCACUUCUCACUAUGCCUCCUUCUGUACUCCCAAUUUCUGUUGGUGAAGAAAUUAAUGCAGCUGGAGUUGUUGAAGAAGGGAGUGUGCUAGAUGAAGCAUUCCAAGAAGGACAAUCGAUGGAUGGAAUGGAGGUAGGAUAUGAGGAUGAUGAGGAGGAGGAAGAGGAGGAAGAAGAGGAAGAUGAAGAUGAAGAUGAAGAGGAGGAUGGAAUUAUAGAUGAAGAUGAAAACAUGGGUGAGGGCUAUGAAGAUGAAGAUUCCCAAGAUAUGAAUGAAUCUCAGGGUGAUGAAAAUUCACAAGGAAUGGACGGUGUAGAUAUAGAUGAAAUAUGGACAGAGGCCAGGACCUUGCGUUUUAUUGAGUGUCGAGGCGCUAAAGAAUCAGACAUGGUAACAUUGGGACCUACACCUGUGUUUGCUGAGAUCUUGGAAGAGUUGGGCAUGUCAGAAGAGGUAACAGUUGCUGAAGCUCGUAAAAAAUGGACACAGCUUGUACGGCGCUACCUCGAGCUAAAGGGCCCUGAUGCUGAGGAUCAUAAACCUGCAUAUGGAAGCACUGAAACUCUUAUAAGUAAUGAUGUAAUAGAAGCAGGAUGGUUGUUUUUUGGCCCUAUGCACUCUGUAAUGGAGUCUAUCAAAGCCACAUCCCCAGAUGGAGGUGCUAAGUCCCGCAGGUCUCCAGAGUACACUUGGUCUGUUGAGGUGACAAGAAAAUUUAUAAAGAUUCGUGGAGAGAAACAUACGGAAAUAUCACAGAAAGGCCACAAUGCAGUUUAUCAGGAUAUUCUUGAGAAGCUUGGAAUAGCAGACAGGGUCAGUGUGAUGAUGGCUCGGAAAAAAUGGAACUACUUGGUCAAGAGAUAUCAGGUUGGAAUUGAUGAAGAGAUGGCUGGAGGAGAGAGGACCUGGGCUUUCAUGAAGGAAAUGGGACAAGUUAUGAAGCAUUUCCGAGGUGCUAAUGUGAACAAGUUGAAAUCUCGUGCAUCACCAGAAUUUUUAUGGCCUAAUGAGCUGACCAGAAGAUUCAUCGAGCUACGUGUUGCUCGGCAUUCAGAUUUUUUGGAAACUGGAAUCCAAACAACUUAUACGGAGAUUAUGGAGGAACUAGGACUUGAGCAUAUUCUGAACCCUAACCAACUCAGGAAAAAGUGGAAUUACCUUGUUGCAAAAUAUAAGGAACUCUCCUGUACAACUGGACCAGAUGGCUCUAGUCCUGCACCUCACUCAUGGCCAUUUUAUGAUGACAUGCAACGUGCUCUUCAGCAGAUUCCAGAAAGUGCUGUACAUGGAAAUAGAACUGUUAGAACCAAUUUUGAAAACAUUUGGACAAGAGAAGUAACUACAAGGUUUAUUCAGCUUCGUGGUGCAAGGCCUCCUGACAAUACUAAAAAGGUUUCAUCCGUAUUUGCAAAUAUAGUGGAUGAAUUGGGGUUAACAAGUAUGAUCACUCCCAACCAAGCACGCAAGAAGUGGAAUUAUCUCUGGAGCAAGUAUAUUGACCUGAGCCAUCCAGACAUCAGUGAAUACACUCGUCAGUCUUGGCCAUUUUAUACUACUAUGCAAGCUGUGGUUGGUGCACUUCCUCUCUCCCAGGUUCUCACAAAAAAAGGGUUGGCAGACGAAUUUGAAGAGGACGAAGACCCUCAGAAAAAAAUAGUGAAGCGAACGAGGCAGUACACUUGUUUUGUCUGUGGGAAGACUGGCAAGAUUCUCAAUGAUUUCUUUAUGUAUGAACAUGAUCAACGUCUUCUUUACACUCAAAAGACUGUCCUGGAGGUGAUCAGUCAUUUGGUUAGCCGAAAAAUGGUUAACAUGGAGUCUAAUACCUGCCUUUGCUCAGGAUGUACCAAUCUUGUCAAUGAAGCUGAUUCUGUAAUCCAGAGACAUGAUAGAAUAAAAGAAAUGGUGCAAGAACUUUAUUACAGUGGCAUUGCACAAGCUAAGGCAGAGCAACAACAGCAACAGCAGCAACGCUUUGCUCGCAGUACUGCAGAGGAUAGUAGUACUGAAGACGAGAAAGAGAUUAAACAAGAAGAGCGUGUAACUUAUAGCCAAAGAGGCAGAAAACGUAAAGCUACAAUUUUAGCUGAUGAUACAGAAGUGAAAAUAAAGAUGGAACCUCUAGAUGAUGGCUUUGAGAGUAUUGAAUGUGAUGUAGACUUUGAUGAUGACUCAGAGGAUGAACGCAAAAGAAGAACAAGAAGAGGAAGGGGUAGAGGUAGGGGUCGAGGAAGAAUUCGGGGAAGGGGAAGGGGCAGAGGUCGCCCGGCAACACGAUCUACUCUUAUUGGCCGUGGACUCGGUGGUCAAUACCCAUCUUCCAACAAAAGGAAGGUUUUACCUUACAAAGGUCCAAAAAUAUAUCAUUGUGCUGAAUGUGAUUCAGAAUUCAAGAAAUAUACUGAUCUCAUUACCCAUAAAAAAGAGGUUCACACUGUGAUUGAUAAUACUCCCCUUGAAGUUGAAGAAACUAUUCUUGAAAAUGGAGUAAUCACUUACUUUAACAAAGGUAAAGCAAAUAACUCUGAGACUAGUCAUCCAUGUAGGGAAUGUGAUAAACACUUUCUUCGCAAAGAUGACUUAUGGUACCACCAAGAAAUAUGUCAUACUGAAGGCAAAGGUAGGGCAAAAACUGCCUUUAAAGAUCGAACAUAUGCUUGCGAAGAGUGUGGCGAGACAUUCUUGUUUAAGUAUAAGCUAAAGAUGCAUAUUAAUAGCAAGCACCUUAAUGAUACGGGCCAGAAUGCCAAUGACUUUACUUGUGGAGAAUGUGGAUGUAAGCUAGGCAGCCUUCCAGGACUUACAUUCCACAUGAGGAAACAUCAUAACAAAAGCCUUACGUACCGUAAAACUACUGAGUAUUUAUGUAGUGACUGUGGCUUUAUGGCUCCUUCUAACAAAAAGUUAAGAGAACAUCAAGAAGCUCACUGUGGCUCCUCCUCAAAACCUAAAGUUCAGUGUGAGAUAUGUGGCAAAACUGUCUUGAAAGUGUCCCUAAAAAUGCACAAAGUGAAAAUGCAUUCCGAAUUUAAAGAACAGUGUGAUAGGUGUGGUGAGCGGUAUGCAACAAAAACAGACUUAUUGCGACACAUUAAUGUUGUGCAUCUCCGCAUCCUUCUUUAUAAUUGUCAGUAUUGUGGGGAACGUUUUGCCACGUCAGAUGCUCUUCGAUAUCACAGAGUCAAGAUGCAUGAAAAGCCAUCCUUCUAUUGUCAAAUUUGUGGUAAGUGUUACAAAAGGGUAGGUGAACUUAAUACACAUAUUAAGCGUGCUCAUAAUGAUCGUAGGAAGGCAGAGGUUUGUAGUUAUUGUGGCAAGGAAUACUAUGACCGUAGCAAGCUGCGUAACCAUUUGGUAAGUAAACAUAAUGUUCCCCAGGAAAUGACUUAUUCGGAGAACUAUUUGCGUAAAAAGCGUGUUGAUGGCUUACCAUUGGCCAAGCAUAUGGAGAAACGGGUAGGUAUGGAUCCCAAGAUGCCACACAUGGGUCAACCUGGGGUAGUUCAUCAGCAGCCACAACCACAGCAGCAGCAGCAGCAACAACAACAGCAACAACAACAACAACAGCAGCAGCAGCAACAGCAACAGCAGCAGCAGCCACCACAGCAGCAGCAGCAGCAACAGCAUCCUCACCAUCAUGGUGUGGUACCACAACAUCAACACCCACACAUGCGACCAGUAGUAGAUGAAGCAGCUGAGGCUGCUCGCAAUCUUGGGGCAUACCAAGAGAUUACUGCUACAGAAGAUGAUAAUUCUCUAGUUGUGACUGAGAUUACAGAGGCUCCUACUCAGGUUGAACAAACUGUGCUGGUAGAUCCUUUAAGUGUACCUCAGAGUAUGAUGCAUCAUCCUCAGGUUGCCCACAUGCAACCACCAAUGGCUAUGCAUCAUCCUAUGCAUCAGCAAAUGCACCAUCAUGCAGCUAUGUCUCGUCUUGGUGUACUUUAUCACAUGAACAUGCCUCACCCUGGUCCAUCACACAUAAACAUGUAAGCUACAGAGUUGUUUAUUAAAAAUUAGGUUUUGAUUUAAAUAGUGUUGUGCAGUAUUUAAAUAAGACAAACAUUAGUGCCAAACUAUCCAAGCAAAAAAAAAGUGAAAGAUUUAAUUUUUUACUAUACAAAAAAAUAAAAUGUAAGUUGAUAAAACACAAGAAUCUUGUAAUAUGAAAGUUUCUUGAUGUAGUCAGGUACAUUAUAUAAAUUUAAAAAAUGGGUGUCAUGGGAAAAAAUAAAUUUUCAUCUAUAGUAGUAGUAUACAGUUCUAAAGGGCAUCAGAACUGCAAUUACCAGUAUGCUGUUCAUGUACAUACUAUACAUGCAGCGGUUGACACUACUUGUGGUUAAAAACACGUUAUGAAAAUUAGUAGUGUCCUGUCUUUAUCAUAUGUAUUUUUUAAUUCUUACAGUAGUUUUUGUGUACACAGCAUCCUUAAGCUCAUUCCAUUCAUCAACUACUCAAUUUCAAAAUAAUUCCACUGCCUCUCACAUAAUCUAAGAUUAUCUCGUCUUGUUUUCUCUAUUGUUAUUUCUACACUAGUUCCCUUGUCUGUUUUCAUUUAUGAACUUGUAAGUGGUUAACACAUCUUUAAAAUUAUGUUGAAAACAUUUAUUUUUUCAGUCUUUUCUUCAUAAUUCAUAUUUCUUAUUUUUAUAUUUAUUUUUUCAGUUUGUUCAUGUUUCUCUAACUGCAGGUCUAAUGUAAAGGACAAGCAGUCUCUGCUUUUGUGAAUAGUUAAGUUCCCAUAGGUACCAUGUCAUAAUUAGUGGUUAUGUUCUUGAACAACCUAAAAAUUAUAUAUAUAAAAAAAACACCACUUUUAUGCCUGAAACAAAACAUAUAAGCAUCACAAACAGAUUAUUCUGUACCUAUUGGAGAUAACUUGAGCUUCUGGCAGUAUCACAAUUUUGCAUUCCACCAUCAUUAAGUUUCAUUAUCAUAGCCUUUGUUUCCAGUAUCAUAGGCUUCCUAGAGCAUUUUUGGUAACAUCAUUAUUAGUAAAGCUUUUCUUCUAAUGAGCCAUGAAUAAAUGGUUUUACACCAUAAAAUCAUUAAAAACAGAAAAUCUUUUAUGAGAAGUGCACCACUGCAAAGUGUUAAGCAAACUGACUGUGUAAAGUUGCAUUUACUGGUUUGUGCUUUUGUUUGGAAAGAUUUUUGGAUGAGCACGUUUUCACUGAGAUGACAAGCCAAUAUGCUCUUUGUUAAAAAAAAGUUUGAGCAAAAUUAUAUAAUGCAGAUCUAUGUGAAAAGAAGAUGGAUAGUAGAAUGUAAAAAUUUUCUUUUAAAAAUCUUGAGAGUUAUAUAUUCUUUCUUUCAACGCACCGGCCAUAUUCCAUCGAUGCAGGGUGGCCCAAAAAGAAAAGCAAAAGUUUCUCUUUUUAAAUUUAGUAAUUUAUACAGGAGAAGGGGUUACUAGCCCCUUGCUCCCAGCAUAUUACUCCCCUCUUACAACACAAAUGGCUUAUGGAGGAAGAAUUCUGUUCCACUUCCCCAUGGAGAUAAGGGGAAAUAAACAAGAACAAGAACUAGUAAGAAAAUAGAAGAAAACCCAGAGGGGUGUGUAUAUAUAUGCUUGUACAUGUAUGUGUAGUGUGACCUAAGUGUAAGCAGAAGUAGCAAGACAUACCUGAAAUAUUACAUGUUUAUGAGACAGAAAAAAGAACAGCAAUCCUGCCAUCAUGUAAAACAAUUGUAGAUGAAUGGUUCACAGAACUGACACGUUGAUAAAUUAGACACAGAUACCCAAGAGUUGCACAUGUGUCUAAUCUAUCAAUGUAAAACAAUUACAGGCUUUCGUUUUACGCUGACUUGGCAGGACAAUAGUACCUCCCUGGGUGGUUGCUGUCUACCAACCUACUACCUACAAUAUAUAUAUAUAUCAAUAACAACACUGCACUAGCCAAGGAUUCAAACCCAUGUUGUACUGGCCUGCCUGAUGGUAAGCGAGAACCAUAUGACGCUUUAAACUGCAGAACCACCCAACCCUUUAAGAAUGGUUCUUGCUUACCAUGAGGCAGGCCAGUACAACAUGGGUUUGAAUCCUUGGCUAGUGCAGUGGGAUUAAAUUAUGGGGAAUCAAAUACAAAAUGAGAACUGACACAGUUACUUUUUGCUGAUGAUACUGUGCUUAUGGGAGAUUCUAAAGAAAAAUUACAAAGGUUAGUGGACAAGUUUGGGAGAGUGUGUAAAGGUAGAAAGUUUAAAUUGAACAUAGAAAAGAGUAAAGUGAUGAGGGUAUCAAAUGAUUUAAAGAAAAAUUGGAUAUCAAAUCAGAGAGGAGGAGUAUGGAAGAAGUGAAUGUUUUCAGAUAUUUUGGGAGUUGAUGUGUCAGGGGAUGGAUUUAUGAAGGAUGAGGUUAAUCAUAGAAUUGAUGAAGGACAAAAGGUGAGUGGUGCAUUGAGAUAUAUGUGGAGACAAAAAACGUUAUCUACAGAGGCAAAGAAGGGAAUGUAUGAAAGUAUAGUGGUACAAACACUCUUAAAGGGGUGUGAAGGUUGGGUUGUAAAUGCUGCAGCGAGGAGACAGUUGGAGGCAGUGGAGAUGUCCUGUCUAAGGGCAAUGUGUGGUGUAAAUAUUAUGCAGAAAAUUCGGAGUGUUCAAAUUAGGAGGUGGUGUGGAGUUAAUAAAAGUAUUAGAAGGCUGAAGAGGGGUUGUUGAGGUGGUUUGGUCAUUUAGAGAGAAUGCAUCAAAGUAGAAUGACAUGGAGAGCAUAUAAAUCUCUUCUGUCCCCCUUCCCUUUAUAUAAAGGAAUUAUGCUCUCUGCCAAUCCCUAGGUGCCUUCCCCUCUUUCAUUCAUUUAUUAAACAAAAAUACCAACCACUCCAACACUAUAUUCCCCCUGCUUUUAACAUUUCUGUCAUGUUCCUGUCAGUUCCAGCUGCUUUACCCCCUUUCAUUCUACGUAAUGCCUCACACACCUCCCCCACACUCACAUCUUGCUCUUCUUUACUCCUAAAAGAUGGUAUACCUCCCUGGCCAGUGCAUGAAAUUACCACCUUCCUUUCUUCGUCAACAUUUAAAAGUUCCUCAAAAUAUUCCUGCCAUCUACCCAAUACCUCCAUCUCCCCAUCUACUAAUUCCCCUACUCGGUUUUUAACUGACAAAUCUAUUCUUUCCCUAGGCAUUCUUAACUUGUUUAUCUCGCUUCAAAAUUUUUUCUUAUUUUCAUCAAAAUUUCUUAACAGUGCCUCUCCCACUCUAUCAUCUGCUCUCCUUUUACACUUUCUCACCACUCACUUCACCUUUCUUUUACUCUCUAUAUACUCUGCUCUUCUUAUAAUACUUCUACUUUGUAAAAACUUCUCAUAAGCUACCUUCUUCUCUUUUAUCUUACCCUUCACUUCAUCAUUCCACCAAUCACUCCUCUUUCCCCCUGCCCCCACCCCCACCCUCCUAUAGCCACAAACUUCUGCCCCACAUUCUAAUACUGCAUUUUUAAAACUAUUCCAACCCUCUUCAACCCCCACACUGCUCAUACUUGCACUAUCCCACCUUUCUGCCAAUAGUUGCUUAUAUCUCACCCGAACUUCUUCCUCCCUUAGUUUAUAAACUUUCACAUCUCUCUUACUUGUUGUUGCCAUUUUCCUUUUGUCCCAUCUACCUCUUACUCUAACUGUAGCUACAACUAAAUAAUGAUCCGAUGUAUCAGUUGCCCCUCUAUAAACAUGUACAUCCUGAAGCCUACCCAUCAACCUUUUAUCCCAUAAUAUAUAAUCUAACAGACUACUUUCAUUACGUGCUAUAUCAUACCUUUUAUAUUUAUUUAUCCUCUUUUUCAUAAAAUAUGUAUUACUUUUUACCAAACCUCUUUCUACACAUAGCUCAGUUAAAGUCUCCCCAUUUUCAUUUACCCCUGGCAACCCAGAUUUUCCUACUACUCCCUCCAAAACAUUUUUACCCACUUUAGCAUUGAAAUCCCCAACCACAAGUACUCUCACACUUGGUUCAAAACUCCCCACACACUCACUCAACAAUUCCCAAAAACUCUCUCCUCUACACUUCACUCUUCUCCAGGUGCAUAUUUUUUUUUUUUUUCAACAAGUCGGCCGUCUCCCACCGAGGCAGGGUGACCCAAAAAAGAAAGAAAAUCCCCAAAAAGAAAAUACUUUCAUCAUCAUUCAACACUUUCACCACACUCACACAUUAUCACUGUUUUUGCAGAGGUGCUCAGAAUACAACAGUUUAGAAGCAUAUACAUAUAAAGAUACACAACAUAUCCCUCCAAACUGCAUAUACGCUUUCUAUAACCCACUUUUCACAUCCAACCUUUCUUUUAUUCCACAUAAUCCUUGAAUUAAUACAUUUAUAUUUCCCCUUUUCCUGCCAUAGCUUAUCCUUCAACAUUAUUGCUACUCCUUCUUUAGCUCUAACUCUGUUUGAAACCCCUGACCUAAUCCCAUUUAUUUCUCUCCACUGAAACUCACCCACCCCCUUCAGCUUUGUUUCACUUAAAGCCAGGACAUCCAGCUUCUUCUCAUUCAUAACAUCCACAAUCAUCUCUUUCUUAUCAUUCGCACAACAUCCACUCACAUUCAGACAUCCCACUUUGACAGCUUUCUUCUUCUUCUCUUUAGUAAUCUUAACAGGAAAAGGGGUUACUACCCCAUUGUUCCCAGCAUUUUAGUUGACUUUUACAACACGCAUGGCUUACAAAGAAAAGAUUCUCAUUCCACUUCCCCAUGGAUAUAAAAGGAAAAGUAAUAAGAACAAGAACUAUUAAGAUAAAAAUCAAAGAAAGCUCAGAUGUGUGGGUAUAAAUAAACGUGUACAUGUAUGUGUAGUGUGACCUAAGUGUAAGUAGAAGUAGCAAGACGUACCUGUAAUCUUGCAUAUUUAUGAGACGAACAAAAGUCACCAGCAAUCCUACCAUCAUGUAAAAUAAUUACAGGCUCUCAUUUUACAUAUAUACAUACAUACUUCCUCCUCUCAUUCUACUAUUCCUGGCCCUGCCUCCUUUCCCUUUGUGCUUCUGUGUGACUAACCAAGCCAGACUGAAACUUAUUCAUUAGUUUCAGUGUCCUAUGUGUGGGUUAUUUAUGUACAUUUUUCUAUUUUUCUUGCAAAAGUUCUUUAAUUCCCAUUCCUCCAUUUUUUGUUAAUUUACAAGAUAGUCAUUUAUGAGGAACUUUCAUUUCCACCCUCAUCAUAAUAAUACAUCGGGUUAAAUUAGCCAUCAUGAAGUCUGUAAUUUGGCCAAUUUCACACUAAAUUCAAGAAAUGCCAAUUUCAAAAUAGGUUCUAGAAUAAACAGUGCAGAAAUUCUUAGCACUAAAAUAACAUUUUCUCUGUUCACUAAUUAUGUCUCCAGGCCCUUCUUAUAUUAUGCAUGCUUUCCAUUUUGAAUUUUUAUUCACAUAAAUGUGUAUUAGACUGGCCAGUUAGACAUGUAUUGGACAAGUGUACAUACUCUGGAAUUUGGGCAAAAAUCAAAUAUUUGUGUAAUCUGGAAUUUUGGCAAAAAUCAAACAUUUCCACUAUUUGAGCUCAAUUUCAAGCUACUCUCAAUCCUGAAACCAAUCAAAAUCAUCUCUAUUUGUAUAAUAUAUCUUCCAUUCUAUCAAAUAAGACCAAGAAAUUGAGAAUACAACCAUAAAAAGCAUGACAAUGCACCGCAAAGUCGCUAUUUUAAACCAAAAACAGAUGGUCUUUUUUUUUUUUUACUCAUGCACUGUGUGCUGCAGGAUUUUUAAAUGGUGCACACUUACUGCAUAGAUCCAUUCUCUCAUAUCUAGGCCCAAAUUUACCUCUCACAGCUCAUCUGAGUGAGCUGAGCUCAUGGCAUAGUACAAUGGGACCAACCCUGGCUUCAAAGCCAUAGUACAACGGGACCGACCCUGGCUUCAGAUCCAUAGUACAAUGGGACUAACCCUUUUUUAUUUUGUUAGUACAGUGAUUGCCAUUUAACAUAAUCUGUUUGCCUCUGUCAGUUAGGUUUUGAAUAUAAACCAGAGCUGGGAUGGUAAUAUAAUGGUAUACCGACAGUAUAUAAAUAAUACCCACAGUGCGGGUUAUGUCCUUUUAUUGCAAGGACGUUUUGUCCAUGAGGUACGUCACCAAUUCAUGCAGAGAACAAAACAUGGGUAUUUAUAAGAGCUGGAGAGAGAUCCUGAGAAGGAAGAAUGAGGUCAUAAAGUCUCACGGAAGUAGCCAGCUAAGAAAGUGAGGCUAGGUGAUCGAAGCGUCAGGUAUUGGGAGAAUAAGCCUUGUGAAAACUUCGAAAGUUGUGAAUGAACCUUAGUUGUUAUUAAUGUUAUUGAUUGUGGCUAUUACUCCACAAUAUAAGUGUAAUCUGUUGCAACAGUCACUUUGCUUGAUGAUAAAUCUUGCCUCUGGAAAAUUCAUAAGGUGGUUCUCAAGGUUUCUGUGUAGAGUGCAUGCAUUUUUAGUAUCAUCACUUCAGCAUGCAUUAAUGUGUUCUUUGACUUAAAUUUAGGUCAUUGGAGAUUUCAGAGAUGUAAAUCUUGUCAACACCCACAUGAUAUGGUAUAGAUGCCAGCAGUGGUGCUCAUUGGCUUCCUUCACAUUAAAGUUUUUUUAUUUUUUAGAUGAAAUGUUGGUGACUGAUAUUGGCUUUAGUUAAGGAAUGCAAUAGGUUGUUACUGAUUUAAUUAAUGAGAAGCGUAGUUUAUCUUCUGUCUGGGUGUAGUGUUAGAAUUAAAAUUACAUUGUAUCUUCUUAGCUUUCUUUUUGCAGUCAAUGAUGAACUAACAUUUCACAAAUGAAAUAACAUUUAUGAAUGAAUGACAAUAUUUAUAUCAGUGAAACCUCCCAGAGACCCAGAUAUUAGAAUCAGAGAACAUAUUAAUGCAUGCUGAAGCACCAACACUAAAAAUUCAUGCACUCUACACAGGAACACUGUGGAGAGUGCAGAGGCAAGGCUUAUCAUCAAAGAAAGUGAUUGGCAUAGUAAUAACCACAGCCAUCAACACUCAGGACCGUUCACAAUCUCCAACAUUUUAGUAAGGCUUGUUCUCUCUAGUACUUGAUGUUGUGAUCACCUAACUUCAACUACUUGGCUGGCUACUCACCUGUGAUUUCAUGACUUCAUUUUUUUUCCUCAGGACCUCCCUCUACCCCUAAUAAAUACCCAUGUCUUGUUUUCUGUGUGAACUGAUAGUCCUUAAUGGAUGCAAAGUCUUCACAGUAAAAUGCCAUAACUCUCAUCGUAUGUCUUAUUUACAUUACUGGUAUCUAAGUUCCUCUGCAUUUUUCUUUACAGCACACUUUGAUAUGCUAUCCAGUCCCUUUUAUUUUACCAGUCAUUAUAAAUAAUUUUAUGACUUCCUCUCUAGUUAUUUCGGUGGUUUACAUUUCAGUUGCCUGUUGGUAGCAUAUAAUAUACAGCAUUACAAUUUCAUUAUUUCAUAUAUUUCUUUGUUGAUCCAACUUUUGUUCUCAAUUUUUCAUAUUUAUCUUUCAUGCUUAACUUCUAAAAAUUUAAAAAGGCAGUUUAACUCUGGUUUACUUUUGUUUAUCCAUAAAUCCCUUUCAAAAUUUCUCUUCUACUGUACUGUCUUAUACUGGCUGUCUCCCACUGAGGCAAGGUAACCCAGAAAAGAAACGCUUCACCAUCAUUCACAUUAUCAUUGUCUUGCCGGAGGCACACAGAUUCGACAGUUUAGAUGUCACUCUAAACAGCAAAUACAGUGGACCCUGGCCUAACGCUAUUAAUCCGUUCCUGAGAGCUCAACGUUAGGCGAAAUUAUCGUUAGGCGAAUUAAUUUUCCCCAUGAGAAAUAAUGGAAAUCAAAUUAAUCCGUUCCAAAAAAAUUUUUACCACAUGAAAUAUUAAUUUUAAUACACACAAACUGAAGAAGACAUGCACAGUUACAUGACACUUACCUUUAUUGAAGAUCUGGUGAUGAUUGAUGGGAUGGGAGGAGGGGAGAGUGUUGAUGGUGUUAGUGUUUAGAAGGGGAAUCCACUUCCAUUAGGACUUGAGGUGGCAAGUCCUUUUCCGGGGUUACUUCCCUUCUUCUUUUAAUGCCACUAGGACCAGCUUGAGAGUCACUGGACCUUUGUCGCACAACAUAUCUGUCCAUAGAGGCCUGUACCUCCCGUUCCUUUAUGACAUUCCUAAAGUGUUUCACAACAUUGUCAGUGUAAUAGUCACCAGCAUGGCUUGCAAUAGCUGUGUGAGGGUGAUUUUCAUCAAAAAAGGUUUGCACUUUAAGCCACAUUGCACACAUUUCCUUAAUCUUUGAAGUAGGCAACUUCUUCAAUUUCUCUAUCCCCUCCUCCGAAGCAG